AUUGUCAAUUAAUGUCAUCUCUACAAAAUCCCUUCCAAAUCUAGGGGUACCCAAUACACGAGUCUCUGAACAUCUCACGAGAUGCCGUAAUUUCUAUUCCCUUUUUAGAAAAUUCUCCUUCUCCGGACUACUUACCAUUCCCUCUCAGGAAAUCUCGUUAAUGACGACGAUUUUCGCAUCCUCCAUAAUUCCGGAGCUGGGAAAGUUAUGGUCUAACAACUCAGUUACGGCCAUGCUGAUCUUCUGGACUGCAGCCUGUGGAAUGUUGGCAUAUUACAUGUGGAGGAGUCCCAGGAUUUUCAUGGUGGGAUAUUCGGCCUACAAGCCCGGCGACGAAAGGAAGUGCAGCUACGAACUUUCCGAGUACUUUGCGAUGCGGACGGAGAAGUUCGAUGAGCAGAGCGUGGAAUUCAUGCGCAGGAUAUUUCGGAAAUCGGGGAUCGGCGACGAGACCUACGGUCCGCCAUUUCCGUUCCGGGAGAAUCCGGUGGAAACCCUAGAAGCCGGAGUGGAGGAAACGAGAGAAAUGAUGUUUGGAGCAGUGGACGCAGUGUUUCAGGACACUGGUCUCUCUGCUAAAGACAUUAAUAUAAUAAUCACAACCUGCAGUAUGCUCAGCACUGUCCCAUCGCUUUCGUCCAUGCUCAUCAACCGCUAUAAAAUGAAGGAGGACGUUAAAUCCAUAAGCUUGGCCGGAAUGGGAUGCAGCUCAGGAGUUAUGGCGCUUCACACCGCCGCCGAUUUGCUCAAGACGUUCAAGAAAGGAACUUAUGCUCUGGUUGUCAUAACCGAGAACAUAACCCUAAAUACUUAUUAUGGAAAGGACAGAUCCAUGCUGGUUACUAAUUGCAUUUUUAGGGUUGGAUGUGCGGCUGUGAUUUUGUCCAAUAGGUCACGGGAUCGAACCCGGGCGAAGAUGGAGCUGCUUCUUUCCCUGCGAACUCACAGAGGAUCCGAUGACAAAUCCUACUCGGCGGCAUUUCAGUGUGAAGAUGAGGAAGGAAUGGUGGGGAUUCAGCUGAACAAGGAUCUUAUCAGAGUGGCCGGUGAAAGCCUGAGGGCUCACAUAUCUUCCUUGGCUCCAUUGGUGCUUCCUUAUUCUGAGCAAUUGAAGUAUUUGUGGUCUUUUCUGGCCGUGAAUGUUGUGAAGAUGGAGGGGAAGCUUUAUGUUCCGGAUUUUUUGAAGGCGUUUGAGCAUGUGUGUGUUCAUACGGGUGGAAAGGCUGUGCUUAAGGAGAUCGCCAGGAGUUUGCAGUUGAGUGAAUAUGUGACUGAGCCUGCCAGUAUGGUGCUUCAUAGAUUUGGGAAUACUUCCAGUAGCUUGGUGCUUUAUGAACUGGCGUAUUUUGAGGCGAAAGAGCGGAUCAAGAAAGGGGAUAGAGUCUGGAUGAUUGCAUUCGGUACUGGAUUUAAAUGCUGCACAAUUGUCUGGAAGGCUUUGAAUGAUCUUCAGCCUUCUCCGGUUACCAAUCCUUGGUUGGAUUGUGUUCAUAGAUAUCCUGUUAAAAGCUAGUCAUGGGUUAUAUAUAUUAUAUCUAUAUAUAUGUGUAAUCUUGAAUAAAUGAGUGCAUGGGAACUGUACAAGCAAGGGAAGGGAAGGGAAGUAAAAGGUAAUGGCCGCUAUGGUGAUAGAUUGCUUUGAUCUCAACAGAUAUUUUUAUUUUUGCUUAUAUAACUCAUUAACACGUUUGUUUACUUUUAGUUUUCUUCUCUCUUGAUCUUUCACCCUUCACUAGUUUUCACUGGCUUUAAGUCUUGUUAGUGGGGAGCCUGUGAGUCAGUCAAAGUCCUGUCAGAGGAAGUGUUGGACAUAAUGUGUAGAUAUAGUGCUGAACAGUGGAUGUUGAUUUAUAUAUUUUUAAGGUUUGUAUGGAAAGUUACUUGGAAAUAAGAA